UUAGCUGCCCAGGAUGAAGAGACAAAAUGUGCGUUUAGAGACUCCUACCAAAAUGAUCACGGGAUUAGUGAAAGUCAGAUUUCUCAAGAGAAUGGUACAGUUUUAUGUAUGAAAGGAAGUACCUGCUAUGGUCUCUGGGAAAAAACCCGAGAAGGAGAAAUACAUCUUGUGAAACAAGGAUGUUGGACUCAUAUAGGAGACCCCCAAGAGUGUCAUGCUGAAGAAUGUAUAGUAACAACCACUCCUUCCUUGAUUCAGAAUGGGACAUACCGUUUCUGCUGCUGUAGUACCAACCUGUGCAAUGUCAACUUCACAGAGAACUUUCUACCACGAGUUCCUAUAAAUCCAACACCUUCUGAUCCUCCGCAACGAGAUGACACAGUUGUAAUAACUCUGGCAUCAGUAUCUGUACUGGCUGUUUUGAUGGCUGUUAUUUUCUUUGGAUACAGAAUGUUAGGAGGGAUCCGUAAAAAAGGCCUGCAUACUAUGAACAUGAUGGAAGCAGCAGCUUUAGAACCCUCAUUAGAUCUGGAUAGUUUGAAACUACUGGAGCUUAUUGGUCGAGGGAGAUAUGGAGCUGUAUACAAAGGAUCUUUAGAUGAGCGUCCAGUGGCUGUAAAAGUAUUUUCUUUUGCUAAUCGUCAGAAUUUUAUAAAUGAGAGAAAUAUUUAUAGAAUCCCACUGAUGGAACAUGACAAUAUUGCUCACUUCAUUGUGGGGGAUGAGAGAUGCACUGCAGAUGGACGGAUGGAAUAUUUAUUAGUAAUGGAAUAUUAUCCCAAUGGUUCUUUGUGCAGAUAUCUGACUCUCCAGACUAGUGAUUGGGUGAACUCUUGCCGAAUGGCGCAUUCUGUAACUAGAGGCCUGGCAUAUCUUCAUACAGAAUUACCACGAGGAGAUCAUUAUAAGCCUGCUAUUUCCCAUCGUGAUUUGAACAGCCGCAAUGUAUUAGUAAAGAAUGAUGGAACGUGUGUCAUUAGUGAUUUUGGCCUCUCCAUGAAGCUAACAGGAAAUAGACUGGUGCGCCCAGGUGAGGAGGAUAAUGCUGCAAUUAGUGAGGUUGGGACAAUUCGCUAUAUGGCCCCUGAAGUGCUGGAAGGAGCAGUAAAUUUAAGAGACUGUGAAUCAGCUUUGAAGCAAGUCGAUAUGUAUGCACUUGGACUAAUCUACUGGGAGAUUUUUAUGAGAUGUACAGACCUCUUCCCAGGAGAAUCUGUGCCAGAGUUCCAAACAGCAUUCCAAAUAGAAGUUGGAAACCACCCCACUUUUGAAGAUAUGCAAGUCCUUGUUUCUAGAGAAAAGCAAAGACCAAAAUUCCCAGAGGCCUGGAAAGAGAACAGCUUGGCUGUGAGGUCACUGAAAGAGACAAUCGAAGACUGCUGGGAUCAAGAUGCUGAAGCUCGGCUGACAGCCCAGUGUGCUGAAGAGAGGAUGGCUGAACUCAUGAUGAUUUGGGAGAGGAACAAAUCUGUCAGUCCAACUGUUAACCCUAUGUCUACAGCUAUGCAAAAUGAACGAAACCUGUCACACCAUAGACGAAUGGCAAAGAUCAGACCAUAUCAAGAGUAUUCUUCCUCAUCUUUCAUUGAGGAUUCAAUUAAUCACAGUGACAGCAAAGUGAAGAACAUUUCAUCUGAACUUUCAGUGUCCAGCACACCACUGACCGUUGGGGAGAAGAACAGAAAUUCCAUUAACUAUGAACGGCAGCAAGCACAAGCUCGUAUUCCAAGCCCUGAGACUAGCGUUACCAGCUUGUCAACCAACACUACCACCAACAACACAACUGGCCUUACUCCAAGCACUGGAAUGACCACCAUAUCUGAAAUGCCUUAUUCAGGUGAAACAAACAUUUGUGCUGCAAAUGGCAUGCAAUCAUGUGGGCCAACUCCUGUUUGUCUGCAGCUAACAGAGGAGGACUUGGAAACUAACAAGCUGGAUCCAAAAGAAGUGGAUAAAAACUUAAAAGAAAGCUCUGAUGAAAACCUGAUGGAGCAUUCGCUUAAGCAGUUCAGUGGGCCAGAUCCACUUAGCAGCACUAGUUCCAGUUUGCUGUACCCACUGAUAAAAUUGGCAGUAGAAGCAAAUGGACAACAGGACUUCAUGCAAGUUGGAAAUGGCCAAGCAUGCCUAAUUCCAGAUAUUCAGCCUGCUCAGGUCUACCCUCUUCCCAAACAGCAGAACCUCCCAAAGAGGCCUACUAGCCUACCCUUAAACACCAAAAAUUCGACAAAGGAGUCUCGGCUGAAAUUUGGAGCGAAGCACAAAUCAAACUUGAAGCAAGUAGAAACUGGAGUUGCCAAGAUGAAUACUAUAAAUGCUGCAGAACCUCACUUAGUAACGGUUACCACAAAUGAAGUGGCAGGGAGGAGCCAUACAACAAACUCUCAUGCUGUGUCAACACAGUAUGUUAAUGGGACAGUGCCAUCAGGCCAAAGCACUAGCUCAGGAACACACAGAGCCCAAGAAAUGUUGCAGCAUCAGUUCAGUGGAGAAGAUAGUCGUCUGAAUAUCAAUUCAAGUCCUGAUGAACACGAGCCAUUAUUAAGAAGGGAGCAGCAAGUAAGCCAUGAUGAGGGCAUUCUCGAUCGACUGGUAGAUAGAAGAGAACGGUCACUGGAUAAUGGCCGGACAAAUACCAACAACAACAAUAGUAACCUGUGUCUAGAGCAAGGUGUUUCUACCCAAAGCAGCCAGAGAACGGCACCAAAUUCUGGACCGACCCACACUAAAAGAGCACAGAGGCCUAACUCCCUGGAUCUUUCUGCCACAAAUAUUUUGGAUGGGUGUAAUAUUCAGUUGGGUGAAUCAUCUCUUGAGGGGAAAUCCGGCUCAGGAGAAAAGAUCAAGAAACGUGUGAAAACGCCUUAUUCCCUAAAGAGAUGGCGCCCUUCAACAUGGGUCAUCUCCACAGAACCCCUGGAUUGUGAGAUUAACAAUAACGGGGGUGACAGGGUGGUUAGUUCUAAAUCCAGCACAGCUGUUUACCUUGGAGAAGGAGGUACCGCAACAACUAUGGUGUCUAAAGAUGCAGGAGUGAACUGUCUGUGAAUUGUUUAAAAGCUUACACAACUGACAUUUUUGCAUUCUGUUAAUGAACAUGCAGAAGACAUUUUAUAUUUAAAAAAAACCUUCCUGCUUUCUUCUGUCAGUACUCCUUACCAAGGACUUGCUUUAAAUAGAUUUCAGCUAUGCAGACAAUUUUUAGCUUACGCUUCCAUAACUUUAAUUUUGUUCUUUUCUUUCUUUUUUUUUACAUUUUUGCACUUUUUAUUUAGAAUUGCAAAACUACAUCUGUUCAUCCUUGACCACGGAAUUAUAUAUGUAUGUAUCAAAUACUGUGGUCUCAAAAAAAAUUUUUUUUUUAAAAUCAAAAACAAGAAAAUGUAUUGCUGAUAAUCAGUCUGGACCGGUUUCUAAAGGUCACUAAACAGCUAAGCCAGUGGACUCUGGUGGCAUCCGCUGUUCAUGGUUUGAAUUGUAUGCACAAAUCAUUUGUAUGUUUCUGUGUAACAGAGUGUAUUAUCUUUCAUACUUUAUAUUUUACACUUGUAUUAUGUUCAAAUGUGCAAUAGUCUGUAGUUCAUAAUAUACUUUGUGUUUCCAUUCCUACAAUACAUUCUUCUUUUUGGAGUUAAAAAUGUCAGUAGCUGUGUUUAAUCUGGUAAUUUGGCAGCCAGUGGUUUCUAACCAUGAACUCUGCAAGCAUAAUCAGCUUGAAGUAACUGCUUUUAUCUAUCAGUAUAUGUGCUCUAAGAUUAGAGUUAAUGCAUGAUU